UCAAACGCGGCGUCACUCACUCGACUGUCAUGGCCUCCGCGAGCAGGGUGGACAAGGUGGUGUAUGAGAAGGACGGUGUGUUCGUCCACACCUGCACCAAAAAGAACAAUGACCAGGAUUCGCUCAUCCCUGGCAUCCUUCGGCUCAUUGAGAAGCCCAGCAACAGCCAGGGGCGUCCCGGGGCGCCUGGUUUCCAGGGCACCGAUGCCUUUAUAGACUGGGUGCCUGUGGAUGAAAACGGAGACCAAUUGCAUUUGCUCUGCCCGAAGAAGGACUCAAAUGCGGUUGUGGACUGGAAGCAGCAGCCCACGGGGGCAGCAGCAGCGGGAGUUUCGGUGUCGGGGCGCCCUGUCCGAGCAGACGACGUGGAUCCAGGAUACGAGCCAGACUGGGCCGUGGUGAACACCGUGGGCUACAAGAAGAGAAUCGGCUCUGAGAGUGAGGAAACGGGGGUGUCCUUCCAGUCCAAUACGCGCAAGAGCAAGUGGGCAUUUGCCUUUAGCCUGUCUGAUCUCAAGUCGAUCAGGAAGAACAAGCCGGGCCUCGGCUGGUCCUACCUCAUCUUUAUCAUCCGCGACGGCACCUCCUUCCCGGCCCUGCACUUCCACCAGGGGGGCAGCAAAGCGCUCCUCACUGCACUGAGUCGCUACGUCUCGCUCACCCGGUCCCCGCUUGACUCGAGGCUCACGCUGGUGCACUGCCACGACACGCGCGCGCUCUCCCAGUCGAUGGAUGAGCUGCAACUCUUUGACGACGGAGCGCCGCACUUUGUGUCGAAGUUCAUCAAGGACCCGUACACAACGACGCUGGGCAGCUUCUCCAAGGUGACCAACUUCCUGCGGGAAUCACUGGCGCAGCCGCACGAAGCGCCGCGCCACCGCCCCCCCAACGAGAUCGCGGACCUCCUCAACGAGUCCAUCCCUGGCCUCAACAUCAACCAGCAGGAGGAGCCAGGAUUCGAGCUCAUCACCUGUACCGAACUGGGCCCCAGGCCAAAUGUGCAGCGACGGGAGCCGGUGAGCACGGAGGAGUGGGAGCGCUACAUGGACCCUGAAGGGAGAGUGCGCGACGUGGACAAACUGAAGGCUGCCAUCUGCCAAGGGGGUCUGGCGCACUCGCUGCGGAAGGAGGUUUGGAAAUUCGUGCUCGGAUAUUACCCUUGGACAAGCACGACAGAGGAGAGGAAAGCCGUCGUGAAGAAGAAAGCGGAUGAGUAUUUCCGCAUGAAGCUUCAGUGGAAAUCUGUGAGCGAAGAACAAGAAAAGAGGAAUUCGAACCUGCGCGAUUACAAGAACUUAAUCGAGAAGGACGUUAACAGGACAGACCGCACCAACAAGUUCUAUGAGGGCUCGAACAACCCAGGGCUCACCCUGCUCAAUGACAUCCUGAUGACUUACUGCAUGUACGACUUUGAUUUGGGAUACGUUCAGGGCAUGAGUGAUCUGCUCUCCCCCAUCCUGUACGUGCAGGAAAAUGAAGUAGAUGCCUUUUGGUGCUUUGUAGGUUACAUGGAUCAAGUGCACCACAACUUCGAGGAGAGCCAGCAGGGAAUGAAAACUCAACUCGUGCAGCUCUGUCAGCUCCUGCAUUUGCUUGACCCAAGCUUCUGUGAUUACCUCGAAACGCACGACUCUGGAAACCUGUACUUUUGCUUCCGAUGGCUGCUCAUUCGCUUCAAGCGAGAGUUCUCCUUCCAAGACAUCCUGCGCCUCUGGGAGGUGAUGUGGACCGGCCUGCCGUGCCAAAACUUCCACCUGCUGCUCUGCUGCGCAAUUCUCGACAUUGAGAGGCAGCACAUGAUGGAUGCCAAGUGUGGCUUCAACGAGAUCCUCAAGCAUGUGAACGAGCUGUCUAUGAAGCUGGACGUGGAGGAGAUUCUAAAGAGGGGGCAGGCAAUUUACCUGCAGCUGAGCCAGUGCAAAGAGCUUCCGCGCUCCAUCCUGGAGAUUCUGGGCAUGGGCGAGGAGACUGUGGGUGCCGGCACGCCCGAGUCGGACAGCAACAGUAGCAGCAGCAGCACCAGCAGCGGCGGCGGCGGCGGUGGCAGCAGCAGCAGCCACAGCAGCGGCGGCGGCAGCAGCCCGUCCGGGGUGGGAGAGAGCCACAGCCCUGCUCGAGGCUCGCGUGCCGAGAGCUCCGUAGCCAGCAUGGCCGACAGCAGCAUAGAGAUCGUGCAGGACGACGAGGGUGGGAAUUGAGCCACCGCAGGCGGGCGGGCGGGGGGUAGCGUGGGGCUCUUGGCGGCGCUGACUCGGCGAAGGCAACCCCCUCGACUCGGCAUCACACACACGGUCACCGACCUUGUCUGUAAACUUAAACUGAGACCUAAAUCGAACCUUAGCUAUAAUCCUAGCACUAAAUCCAAACCGUAGCUCUAACCCUAGUCCUAAAUGAAUACCCUCGAUUUUCUUAUUCCAGCUGAUACACAAAACAUUAGCUGUUGUCCUAGCCCAAAUCCCAGACCAUUAUCCUAAUUCCAAACCCUUAGCUUUAAUCCCAACUUUUGCCAAAUCACAUUGGUCUAACCCUAAGCUCUGAGGCCACAUUCUUAGCUCUUACCCUAGCCAUUAACUGAGCCCAAGUUCUAACAUUAACUCUGUCCAACACUAACACUAUUAUAGGGUAGGCGUUAACCACUUUUUUUUUUACUGAGGACCGCUUUAAUCUACUUACAAUGUCAGAGAUGAGAAACGCAUUUUUACAUUUGUAAUUGUAAAUCAGGAAUAUGGCACCUAUUCUCAAAGGGAGAACGAGGAAUCAAGGCUUGUUUAUUUUUAACAGCACAUGUUUUGCAUUGCAGCAGCGCAUGCCAAUUGAGUAUGGACACCUUUCGUUAGGCCAUGGCGAUACGAGACCACUUUGACUUGAAACUAAGUUGCAGGACACUGGGCUACAAUGCGUUUGUUUUUUUAAUAGUUAUUGAGUUUAUAUUUAAGUGUCUAAACCAAUCAGCCUGCUGAAAAAACGAAGGGAGACAAUGUGAUGUCCCUAUCUUUAGUAAUGGCGAUAGAUUACAAUAGAUUCAAUUGGCAGGUGGUCAUUGUGUUUUGUUUUUGUCUUCAAACCAAAUUGUCAAAUGAUAAACUGAUUGAGUCGGAUCGCUUCAAAUGUCGCAAACUAUUUACCCUGCAAUCACUGAACAUAACACAAAAUGCCUUAUUUGUAAUUGGCUGGGAUGGCCGCACAUGUCUGCCCUUGUGUGCCUAUGCCACAGUCUGGGACCUGGUCCCAACUUCCUGAAACAAAGUUUCAAGCCAUAAAGUGGUUCUGUGUUCCAUCGUGUUUGGCCACAACCUUCCUCCGACAGGUUUCCAACGUCGCGAGCGUAUCGACACUCAAAACCAGACGAGGAACGGCACCGCAUCUAUAGCAAGCGUGAUGACCCCUCAUUAAUUUGUUAUGUUUUUGAAACGAUGCUUAAAUUUGUUUUAAUUUAUUUGUAAGUUUAACAUUUUCAAAAAGUACAUUGACCUUUUGUUAAAGGUUACAUUGUUGAAUGUGUUCAUGUGCUUACCGCCAGCAUGGUCUCCUUCCCACUGAGUAGUUCACACACAGCAGUGUUAAAUCAUCUGUCACAAGUAGUAAAUAGGUAGGCGUUAGAAUAGUCUACGGUAAUGGCAUGGCAGUGUACGGGUUUUAUGCUUUUACAUGUUGAGGCAAAAUUGACUAUCCUUUUAUGUAUUAGCAGCGAAGCCCUCUGACCCCAUGGGGAAGCCCCUUAAAGGUCUACUAUAAAGGAACAAAUAUCUGCUCAUCACAACAGGCACCGAAUACCCACGACCCACCUAUUGGAACCAAGUAAUCUUGCACAUCCGUAUAGUUAAACGCGAAAUGAGAGAGUGGAUAGAUAACUGGCUGUACAUUUGAAGUUUUAGAAUGUUUCUAAUCUUCUUCCGAUGAAUGUAUCAUUGGAAAAAAUACGACAUGCAAUAUACUGUAUUGAUAUGCUGCCAUUCAAGUUAGAAAUUUAGUAUCACAAAAAUGCCACGGUAGGGUCGACCUGCAGUUUAGUAUUUGGGAAUGUUGUUCGUGCAUUAUUUAAUUUCAGUGUCUUAAAAUUUACCGAAUAGAUGUAACAAAAAUAACAAGUUAUCCCGCGCGUACCCUAAUUGCAUAAUCCACUGUACUGUGUGUAAUAGAGUGGACCUUUGAAAUGGCACGAUUGCUUGUAUAUCCCAGCUACUGCUGUGAUUGUUUAAGCAAAGUUGAAUACAUGUAUAGUGAAUUCUGCACAAGAUCAACCUUUUUUUUUAAACAUGUAAAAUUCGUUGCCAUUUUGGUUAAUUUUUGUUAUUUUGAAGCUUGUAAGCCUUACUUUGUCCUCGGUCCUUGUUUGAACAUUGGUGCGCCGGGUCCAGGUGACGGUGUUGUUAUCUUCUUUCUCUGUAAAUAUGCAUUAUACACAGUCGGGCUGCAUUAAACUGAAAUGUACGUAGA